UAUGCCUCUUGCCUUGUUAUGUUUUCUGUUAUUGCAUCGCCAUUUUGUUGCAACCCUUGAACGUGCCUGAAAGCCUUUUUACGAGGGGGAUCCGGAUACUUCUUCCCCAUCCCGUAGACCGGAAAGGGGUCCUGCACUACAGCACAAAGCCGAUCCCCCUCGGUGCAUACCUGCCGUGUUCGCCUGCCAGUCAGAGACCGCAGAGGUACGAGAUGAGCAUCGAGACGCUAUUAGAAGCAGCCAGGUUUUUGGAGUGGCAAGCCCAACAGCAGGAGAUCACACGUGGAGAAGUGCGGGAGAAGGUAACCCUAGAGCGGGAGGCGGAGCAGAGAUGUUCAGAAGUAUCCUCAUUGGUCCAGCCUGUGAGGGUAAACCAUGUGACCUGGGCGGAGGAAUCGCACCUGGAGGUCCGCCCCUCUCUGGUGCCGCCCCCCCCGCUCCCACCGCCGCCGCCCCCCAUGCCCAUCGCCGUCAUCCCGAUUCCUGUGGUAUCGGCUCUCCCGCUGCCCGCCCCUGGGCAGGAUGUCCUGUCUUCCUCGCCUCAGCAGCGCCCCCUUUUGGCGCAGGUGAAGACAGAGGUGGGGCCCCUGAUGGAUUCCGGGAGCCCUCAGCCACAGAACCAGCAGCUGCGGUCCCACCCCAGUGCUGUGGUAGCGGGCUCCCAGCAUGCCUUGCUCCCUGGCUCUGCCAUCAUGCAGGGGCAGGUGGCGCCGGUGGGGCGGCCCAGUCCAGUGCUGGAGGACACCCGGCAGCAAGACAUGAGGAGGAGGCCAGGGGGGGCUGGGACUCGUGAGGUGCACAACAAACUGGAGAAAAACAGGCGCGCACAUCUGAAAGAGUGUUUCGAGACCUUGAAGAAGAACAUCCCUAACGUGGACGAGAAGAAGACGUCCAACCUGAGCGUGCUGAGGAGCGCCCUGCGCUACAUCCAGAUGCUGAAGAGGAAAGAGAAGGAGUUUGAGCACGAGAUGGAGCGCCUGGCGCGGGAGAAGAUCGCCACCCAGCAGCGGCUGGCGGAGCUGCGUGACGAGCUGAGCCAGUGGGUGGACGGCAUGGAGAUCGAGCGGCUGCUGCGGCAGGCAGCGCAGCCCGAGGACGACCAGGCCUCCACCUCCACCGCCUCGGAGGGCGAAGACAAUCUGGACCAGGAUGAGCACAUUUCCACGGCAUCCGUCGCCACUGCACCCGUCUCUCUCCCCAAAGCCCCCCAGAAGCCACCGGCCCCCAUAGUGGCUGCCGUCUCCCUCCAACAUCCAGCCCCACCCCCUGGAAUACUGGCCCCACCCCCUGGCCCCGCCCAAGCUAUGGUUGCCCACCCGCACCUAGUCACCCAACCUACGGUGAUCGCCCAUGCGGCCUCAGCCUCGCACGCUUCUGUCAUUCAGGCCGUGAGCCAUGUGAUCCAGGCUGGUCCCAAGCAUGUCGCUCACAUAGCUCCAUCUUCCUCCUCAUCCUCCUCUGCCUCGGCCUCCACCCCCAUCGGUCACAUCACGGUGCACCCGGUGACUCACCUGGGCACCACCUUGUACCCGCAGCCCCCUGCAGCUGCUGCCGUGGUCAGCCAUAUCGCACACACUCUGAGCCAUGCACAGGUGAAUGGUUCGGGCCCUGCCUCUGGCCCCCAGGCCACCGCCCUCGUAGGCAAACAGCAGGUGGUGUCACGUCACCCACAGCUGGUAGGGGGAGCUGUGCUCAACCCUGUCACCAUGGUGACCAUGCCCUCCUUCCCUGUCAGUGGCCUGAAAUUGGCUUAAGGAGGAGGAGCCUGAAUCUGGCUUAAGGGGGAGGAGCCUGAAUCUGUCUUAAAGGGGAGGAGCCUGUAUCUGGCUUAAGGGGGAGGAGCCUGCAGACUUAAGUGCACAUAGACUUCCAGACAGAUGGAACACACGCACACACACAUCGACUGGAACUGAUGGAAAUUCAAAACCACAGAUUUGGAUAGAAUCAUGAACCGCAUUAAAAACUUUACAUUCCAAAAAAAAAAAAUCUAUUUUUGUCAAAGAUGUAUAUGAAACGGUCUGUGCACACAUUUGGGUUUGUGACGUGCAUAUGUGGAGUUGGACGCCUGUUAUGGGGGGAGGUGAAGCGUUACCCAGACUGGCUUGUUUAGCUCGUUUGUGUGUCGUAUGCUUUCUGCUCUUCAUCAUUCUGCAUUUGGUUACGUGGGUUUUACAGUGUACAGUGGCAUGGUAUCUCCGUUGCAUAGUUUCACUGUGGGCAGUCAUGUGAUCUGAGACUCAGGUGGUUUCACUGUGCAUGGUCACAUGAUCUGAGUCAGGUCAUGAUUCCAUGAUAUUUUUUUUUGACCAAGGUGUGUGUAAUUUCUCUUGGGUUAUUAUCUGGGUAGGCAAAUACAGAAAAAAUCUUACAAAAUAUGUUGGAUGCAGGUUGAAUGUUGAAGUCUGAAUGAAGACAAAGUCUUGAUAAUUGUACUCCUUGAAAAAGAUAUCUGCAGUUAACGUGCCUCUGGCACAAGCCUUACCCUCGGUCCACAAACGCUGUGUGUCGCCCUCGCGCCUUCAGUGUGACCAAUAAUGACCAGAUUGUUGGCGGUCACAGCCUGUGGCCAUGUGUUGUGGAGUGUCGCGCUCCUGCCCUCUUCUGUCCAGAGGGUGUUACUGCGCCUCAUGCGGCACAUCAUGACUGUGAGUUGGUUUUAGGCGUGCAAAACAGCUUGAUCGCGAUGUAUAGAGGUCUGACCGAAGGGAUACUGGUUCCGCUCCCUUUUCAGGCUGUUUGCCUGGCUUUAUAAAGCGCGGUUUCCCAAACCAGUCCUCCCAGCUUCUUGUCAGACAGCCCGCAUUUUCGUGGGAGUUGAGAGGGAGCAAAAACGUGGACUGUUCGGGGGUCCCCAAGGGGCGGGUUGGGAAACUGCUGUGAAGAACCUUGACCUGCAGACUGUGCUGUGCUGCAGACGGCUGCGUCUGACUGCUCACUGGACUGCUCACUGGACUGCUCACUGGACUGCUGCAGUUGGACACAAGGUUGUAGGCUGGCCCACCCCCUUAAUGUUCCUCCUUCCCCAGUCCUCUAUGAAGGGAGAUACAAACACUACCCUCUGGGGUGAAAUGGUAUAGAGCAGUGUUUCCCAACCCAGUCCUCGGGGACCCACAGAUGGUCCUUGUUUCUGCUCCCACCCCAGCUCCCUGACAGACAGUAUAGAUUUUUGCUUCCUCCAGCUGGGAGGCAGCAAAAACGUGGACUGUCUGUUGGUCCCCCAAGGAACGGAUUGAGAAACACUGGUAUCACGGAAUGGGGGUAACUGCCUGGUGUACGUACUGGUGUAGUUAGUUUUGCUGUUAACCUUCUUCUGGUUGAUAGACACUACCAAGUGACAAAUCUCCUUCCAUGUCACAGAGACGAGAAGAUUCCAGCAGAUUCGAAGCUGUACGGCCUUGUCCCCCGUCCCUGACCCCUUCCUUCCCACAUGUUCCAGCAUCACUUCGAAUCAUACAGUGUGAUUUGGAGUUACUGGUGUGUCAGCUUGGUGCGUAUGUUUGGGGGUGGGUUCGGUAGGGCGACUAUGAUUUACACCAGCUGCAGUGCAUAGCUAUGACAAAACGGGCCCAGUCUGCGUGUACGUGUGUGUGGUGGAAAAGCCAGUCUUUCUUUUCGAAAUCUGUGCUCUGAAUUUUUUAAAGCAUAAUGCCCGGAGUUCAGUUGUGAGUUUUAUAUUAGUGUGAAGUUAAGUGUGAGUAUAUGCACAUAUUGACAUGUUUGUGUGUAUGCUUUAAGCUUUAAUCAUUGCCUGUUUUUGCAUGUAGAUUGCAGAGUUUUAUUUUGAUUUUUAUUUUUAUUUUUUUGGGGGGGGGGGGGGGACCAUGUACAAUUAUGGAGAACAAUAAGGUCACUUUUACAGACCUCUUUCCACUUUAACAAUGCAUAUAUAUAAAUAUAUAUAUAUAAAAUUAUAUAUAUAAUUGUUUUCCCUAUGGAGAAAGUUUAAGUUAUGUAUCGCCUGUAAAUUCUGGGCUGCAUCUAACUGUCCAUUAUGUUUAAAGAAGAGAAAAAAUGGAAUUAUAAUCAUGAAGAUUCUUAAUAAAUAUUAUUACAUUUGCA